UUCAUCGUUCCGUUCACACGCAAACACUUUCAGUGGGGGCUGUAAAUCCGUCGUCGUCUCAAAAGUAAAGUGUCCAUCAUUCUUUGCAGUCGUGAAAAAUUUGCUCCCCGUUUCGUGUGCUCGGUUGUCGCGUUUUCUGGUUGCCUCCGGGAUUGAUUUCCGCAGCGGAAGUAGUGUCCACUAUGUUCGUUGCGAUUAGUCGUAGUGUAGUUUCGUGUUCCGGUGGUGGUUAAAGUGGCCUAUGUUGGGCAGCAGCCCCAGAACGCAGGAGGAAUCUGAAAAUGUUAAUUGAUCAGUAGAAGUGGAUCUAUAGAGGACGGCCAGUGAAGGCAAGAAGCGGUGGUGCAAGUGGGAGAAAGCAACGUCGAAACCUGCACACGCACACAGUGGCAAAUCCGAGAGGAAUCCGUACCGUACUACGACGGUGGCCAGAUUCGGGCCAUAUCAUCCCUCCUACUACACCACAUGGCAAAAGUUGACCUACCCAGCCCAGUAAAUAGAUAUCACAGUCAUCAUCCAGCAACAGGCAGCAACCGAAGAAUAGCCUGCAGCAGCCACCCAACAAAGUCAGCUACACGCUGCCGUUGUUGUUGUUACAUUCUGCUUAUGGUCUGUCGAUAGAGAGUGAGAAACAAGAGUGCCACAGACGACAGGAAAACAAGAAUUAUAUAGAGGCAGUGUUCCCAUCGCUCUCGGCCAUCAUCGGAAUGGUGGUAGUAGUAUCGGCAGCAGCAGCAGCAGCAACAUUCGCCAGCGACAGUAUAACCAAACCAUCCGCCCGCAAGGGUGGUGUGCAGUUUAAUUCCUUCUAAAACGAAACGAAGACGGAGAUAGUGCCCCACAGUCGCGCAUUGGGCUUAGCCGUGUGUUGUUUUUCAUUAUUAUUCGAUUGUGCGAGUGUCUGUGUUUAAGUCAUCAAUCGAAAGAAGAGAGAAAUAAAAAAGAAGUUACAUGAAGAGUGUCUGUAUACAGAAAGUGCCCGAAACGAAAACCGAAGGAAAAAGUGUAUUGGAAGCAUUGGAAGUUGCAACAGUGGAAAGGUCUUUGGGAUUUAGUUGAUGGGCUCGAAAAUUAGUUACUGAUUUCACAGCAAAAGGUGUCGAAUAAUAAAAUUUUUACUCCAUGCAAAUAGUGAAAAAGCCGUAGUAAAGGAAAAAAGUUUAAUUAAAAUUAUAAUAGCGAAAAAAAGUGGUAACUACGAAGAAAUAAAAUUAAAGGGAAUUGUAUGUAGGUACAAACAAGUGCACGUGAAUGUGUUGUUACUAUUGUAAUAGCAUGCCAGCAUGAAAUAUGAUAUCUGCACUACUAUCAGUCUGCGAAGAUAUUUUUUGGUGUAAGUGAAGAAAAAAAACGGGAGAGGUGAAAACCGAAGGAAGAAAAGCAGAGCAAAAAACGAACGGAAGGCAGCCAGCAGGCACCGCGCACAUAUUAGUGGUGAUAGCGGUAAAUAAAUGCAAAGUGUGAUUGAGAGCAGGAGGCAGAUUUUCGCCGCUGCGUCGCUGGAACUACUGUAGGGAAAGAUGAAUAAAUUAGAAUAUUCACGACGGAAUGGUACUCAGAAGAUACGAAUUACAAUUCUUUGCGCUCGCAAUCUGGCCCGAAAGGAUCUUUUCCGACUCCCGGAUCCGUUCGCGAAAAUCCGUGUUGAUGGCACCGCACAAGAGUACAAGACGGAAAUAUGCAAAGCAUCGUUGGAGCCGAAGUGGAACACCCACUAUGAUUUGUACCUGGGCAAGAGCGACAGCAUCACGAUAUCGAUCUGGAACCAGCGCAAGGUGCAGAAACGACAGGGUUCCGGAUUCCUGGGUUGCGUCCGCAUCGUUGCCAGCACAAUCCAAAGGCUCAAAGAUACGGGAUAUCAACGACUAGAGCUGUGCAAAGCCUCACACGAUGAUCCGGAUCCGGUCAAGGGACAGAUCAUCGUAUCGCUCAUGUCCCGAGACGGUACCACCGGCGGUACCCCGCUGGCAAUCGUUGGUCCAGCAGGUGACGUACGAGGGCCAGACGACGACGAGGAAAUUCUGAACGAUGAACUACCCGCUGGUUGGGAGGAACGUCUUACGCAGAAUGGUCGGGUGUAUUACGUAAACCAUGUCAUCAAAACGACGCAAUGGAACCGACCAACGGAACCGGCCGGUUCGCUACCACCGGCCUUAAGCAAUGGUAGCAGUAAUAACAGUAGUGCCGACUCGAUACCACCGGGACCAUCGAAAUCGGCUACCAACAAUAGUAUCAAUAGUAUUCAAUCCAGUGACUCCAGCAGCCGAAGGCACUCGACGGAGAUAAUGCUCAACAACUCUAAUAACAAGGAAAAUUGUAAUGUAGGCAAGGAUAGACCGAAGGAUAUGGAAAAUGGUGGUACGGGUGUAACAAAUGGUGGAGUCAUUGGGCCGGGUAAUGGCGGAGGUGGAGGUGGUCGGCAUGACGCAAAAAGCCCUGCUCGGAUACGAGACGAGAGUAUGCUCAUAACACCUAGCUCUAGUACCAGCCCUCUAAGUGAAAUAAACAGUCCAGUAACACCGAAAUCAACCACAGAAUUGUCCUCGCCGAGAAAUUCGGGGGCUACGAGGGAUCCACAGUUGCUAUCAGGACUGCCAAAUGCAAUAGGUUCACUGUCAAUUGAUCCGUCCGCUGCGCGAUCGCCCCAAUCAAACGGCAUUAUUCCAAAUGCGCACAGCACACCAACAUCUACCAACAGUAAUAGCAACAACGCUAGUAGCAAUAAUAGCAAUAUUGCAAAUGUCUCGGCUAGCGUUGGGGGAAACUUCCCUGUGUUAAAUAAUUCCAGUACCAACAAUGCUAGUCUAUUGAAUGGCACGGCAGCCAGUAACAAUAGCUCCGGCACUGGUGGCAACAACACACCGACGCAUGGCGUCAACAGUUCCAUCAGAGAUAAUACCAACGGCACUAGUAAUGUCACUUCGGUGCAGCAACAGCAACAAGUGCCUUCAUUUCUGCCAGCACCAGGUAAUCAACACAACGGUAACAGUCGAACAGGGGAGGGACAUCAGAUGGAAUCGCCAUCGGGCCCCGGUAGGUCUCAGCCUCAACCUCAACAGCCAGCUCCCAAUAGCACAAGUGAAGGAAGUCGGGAACCAUCGGCACAGAGGACCCGCCGCCCUUCACGGAAUAUGGACGAAUCAUCCUCACGUAGACGGUCAUCUCGAACGGCACGACCACCGCUGGUAAUGCCACCGCAGUGUCGUGGGAGCGCUCCGGUGAUACGACCAGCCGUUGAUCUACCUCCUGGUUACGUAGAAAUGCGAACCACCCAGCAAGGGCAGGUGUAUUUUUAUCACAUACCAACCAAAAUGUCCACUUGGCACGACCCACGGAUACCACGAGAUUUCGAUACGCAAAACAUCGCACCGGAAACGUUAGGCCCACUGCCGCAUGGUUGGGAACAAAGGAAAACCGCAUCUGGUCGGGUGUACUUUGUUGAUCAUAACAACCGAACCACCCAAUUUACCGAUCCUCGCCUCAACGGACACAUCCUACAGAUAAUUCGGAAGCAAGCACAACCCCCUGUUGGGCAAAGCGCUCCUAGUGGAGCUGCCGCGAGCGGAUGUUCUUCAGCGACUCCUGUUGCAGCAACUGCCGCAAGCUCUCUUUCCGGUGCCGGCCCACAGGUUUCGAAUGGAGUACCACCAGCAGCUGUUCCCGGAAGCUCUCGGCUAAUGAUGGGACCGGAAGCUUCCACUUCCGGCAGUAAUGGAUUACCUGUGGACACAACACCUCACCGAACGCCGCCAAGUAACAUUCCCGAUCUACCGCAGGGGCUGCUGGACGGUGCCGAAUCACUGCCUAAGUACCGGCGUGAUCUGGUCGGGAAGAUACGAUCGCUACGCGUUGAACUGCAAGCGCUACAACCCCAAUCAGGUCACUGCCGGCUUGAGGUGUCUCGACAGGAAAUCUUUGAGGAGAGCUACAGACUGAUCAUGAAAAUGCGACCACGAGACAUGCGGAAGAGGUUAAUGGUCAAAUUCAGAGGCGAAGAGGGUUUGGAUUACGGCGGUGUGGCACGCGAGUGGCUUCAUUUGCUAUCACGAGAAAUGCUGAAUCCUCAGUACGGUUUAUUCCAGUACAGUGGCGAUGAUAGGUACUCGUUGCAAAUCAAUCCUGAUUCGGGAGUCAAUCCGGAUCACCUAUCGUACUUCCACUUUGUGGGUCGGAUUCUAGGAAUUGCGGUGUUUCACAAUCACGUACUAGAUGGAGGCUUUACGCUGCCAUUCUACAAGCAGCUGCUCAAUAAACCAAUCACACUGAAUGAUAUCGAGGAUGUCGACCCGGAACUGCACCGGAGUUUGACGUGGAUGCUAGAAAACAAUAUUAAUGGGGUGAUAGACUCGACAUUCAGUGUUGAAAACAAUAGCUUUGGAGCACUCAAAGUACACGAGCUCAAACCGAAUGGGGCAUCGAUACAGGUUACCGAGGACAACAAACGGGAGUACGUGAAGCUGUACGUAAAUUAUCGAUUCAUGCGAGGGAUCGAACAGCAAUUUUUAGCUUUAUCUAAAGGAUUUGGUGAGCUGAUACCGAGUCAACUCUUGCGGCCAUUCGACGAACGGGAGCUAGAACUGGUCAUCGGUGGUAUCAGCAAGAUUGACGUCAACGACUGGAAGACACACACGCGUUUGAAGCAGUGCACACAGGAGACGCCUCAGAUCAUCUGGUUCUGGCAGAUUGUCGAAUCCUACUCGCCGGAGAUGCGCGCUCAGCUGCUUCAGUUUGUGACCGGUUCGUGUCGGGUACCGCUGCAAGGUUUCCGUGCCUUGCAGGGCUCAACGGGGGCCGUUGGGCCUCGGUUAUUCACGAUUCACCUAACGGCGGAUGCACCGAUCCAAAACCUUCCCAAAGCGCACACCUGUUUCAACCGGAUCGACCUUCCCAUGUACGACUCGUACCAGCUGAUGUACGAUAAACUGACGCAGGCCGUUGAGGAAACGUGUGGAUUUGCCGUGGAAUAAGCGCGGAGUAAUUCAUUUAGGAAGUCGACCAAUUUUAUCAUACGUUAGGAAACAAGCUGUUCAUCACCUGGAUGAGAUCGGAACGAAUCAAAUGGGCUGAUUUUUCCUCUUUCUCGUGUGCGGAAGAGCGACUAAUAAGACCGGUUAGGAGAAAACGCCGCGCCACCAUUCUCCCAUCGACGAGACUUGGGAUAGGUCUGCCGAUAGAUCAUUCCCACAUUAGCUCGAAUCGAGAAGUCAACCCGGGGGAGUGUUUAUUACGUACCAACUUUAUAAUGCUAUAACAAAAUUACAUAGAAAAACAAAAUAAAGUCCAAGUGUUCUAACAAUCGUACAAUUUUCCUUACUGUUGGGAAGAAAUUAACUAAUAAUCAAAUAUUGCCGAAUCAAACAUAAAUCAGUAGUGAACCGAAAAUAGCUAACUAAAAAAUAAAGGAAAAAAAGAGGUGUUUCCACUAACCAUUGUUAAUCCAUGAUACGAUCAUUAUAGCUCAAAAGAUUUAAAAAAUAUUUGUCCCAAUAUGCAAUUUUAAUCAGAGGAGGAGGAUUUUGUAAAACCCGAUAACAAACAUUGUUGACAACAUUGAUCGAUUUUAUAACAAAUUAUGGCAUUGAGCCCCAUUUUUGGCGAAACGAUAAUGUUUGGAUUUUUUUUUAGGAAAUGAAAAGUCGAAAAUCGAAACAGUUUACUACAACUGCGUGAUAUUUAGCAAUUUUUAAAUUUGCAUCGAAAGUUUUAUGUACGAAAAACAAAUAUUGAGAUUAUUAUUCAUUAGUACGCAAAAGAUAUCGGUCAAGUGGUUCAGAAAAUCAGAACGAAAAACGUGUUUCUCCCUUUUUAUUGGUCUAAUACAGUGUAGGUAGUCGUCGUCCAAAUGUUUAAAUAUGUUAGUAAUUCUAACAAGUAAAGAUGCGCCACAAAUAAAAGUAUUUAUUGUAGGAAAAAAAAUGUUUAACGAUUUUGACCAUAUAUUCAAUCCUUCCUUCCUUCAAAGCCCAGUCAAGUUGAGCGAAGGUAGAUUUUUGUCGCAAUGAUAUUAUAUCUAAUAGGGAUUUGUUGAUAAUUAACAUAAAACACACAUCAGGAAUGAUCAGACGCUGUGUUGGCUGGUAUGAAACGAGAAUAAACAAACUAAUCGUCCCCUUUUUCUUAUUGACUAUUCUAGGAUUAUGUUUCGAUCCUUUUUCCUCUGUACAUACACAUUGUAAUAGGUACCUAUACAUAGUUAAACGAAAGAAUUAUUGUACAUCUACUUUACAACGAAGCAGUUGAGUAGAUUCGAAUAUGUACCCCUAUUCCCCUUUUUCAUACAGCUAGGCAUAUGUUCAAUGCGAUAGGACUUACCCAUACAAUAUUCACAUAUGAGAAGCGAAUCCAAUAUUUAGGAUGAUGGUAGUUAGACUUAUUCGAUUUGUUUUAUUUUUUCCUGUCGCGAAGUGUUAUUCGCUGUUCGUCUGCGCUGUUCUCUCGGUACAUCGGCUAUUGUUUGUGCGUAAAGGACAAGGAGAAGAAAGGCUUGAAACAUGUGAUUGUAUGAAUUGCUAAGGUAAACUAGAACAGUGUUAACAGCGCAAAACGAUAGGAAGCUAAUAUCGGUCAGCAUGUAAUCGGUAGGUAGUAGAUAAACAAGAACCACAACGUAUAUAUUAUUUGUAAAUUAUACUAAAACAUUUUAUACAGUUAUA